CAAGCCAAGAGAAAAGAGCAAGGAGCUGAAGGCUCGGCUAAGAAAGCUUGUGGAGGCAUCCGAGAGGAAAGCCUAUGAGGAAUUGGUCAAGGACAUAACCCCCAAGAAGAAAGUGGAAGAGCCUUUCUCUUCUUACAAGGAUCAAUUGGGAUUCGGCUUGCACGUUGUGCUUAUUAUGUUCACCGGCUUUUUGGUUGGAUAUGCUGCUUUCAGGGCAUUGUUUAGUCACAGUCCAGCCAUGAGUGCUGCUGGUGGUAUCCUCGGAUUGGUUGUAGGCAUGUUGGUUGAAACACUUCUUUUCGUUGUUAGAACUACUAGUAUGGAUCGAAGAUCCAGUUUUACUACUCAAGCGAAAAAGAAUCAGUGAAGUUCACCAUAAGGCUGUGUUUGGAAUGCAGAACAUGGUACGUGAAGGCAAAAAUGUUUAAAAGAUUGAGAUAUGUUUAGAUUUUUAGUUUUUAUCAUAGAAAUAUAUUAGUUAAAUGAGCUAGAACCAGUAUAAAAGAAAUAAAUAUACUUCGGAUGAACAAGUAUUUUUUCAUCACGUUUUCUCUCCUUCCCAAAUUCCCUAUUGUUUCUUCUGUGUUUAUUUCCCUAUCCCAGCAUCUAGACAUUUGUGGUUUGAUGUUCUCUGCUAUUUGAACUGCAAAAAGUUUAUAUAUGUUUGGCAAUUGUGAUAUAUUAAAUUAAGGCCAUCGUCUUAUCUC